GGUUAUGUUUCAUUUGUUUUGGUUUUAUUUUUCAAAACAUUUUUUUAGUGGUCCGGAAAAAUGGUCUCAAAUCUCAUAAAUACAGUGAAAAAUAAAUUCCUAUCAAAAUAUAUAAAAUUAGACGAGGACUGGCUAUCAGGAUGUAUUGAUUGGGUGACAUCAGAUUGCCCGGGACUCCAUGCGGAUGAUGUCUACAAGAAGGCCUACGAUCAAUGGCUCCUCACGGAUUUAUCUGAAACUGGAGUACCUUGUAUUCCUGAGCGUGUCUUCCAGCAGAAAGAUCCCUUCUCCCUUCCGGGGAAAUUUAUUCUUCAGCUGAACUUUGUGAUUGAUAUUUCUGAAUCAUCAUAUGAUCAGUGGCGACGACUUAAUGACCAAAAACUCGAUGAACCAGAGCCAAUUGAGGAGUUCCGGACACAAAGUAGCAAUCAAGGGAAGAAGCAGCCGAAGAGGAAGAGGCUCUUGAAGCUGGAACUUACAGAUGGAACACGCAAAGUUGAUGCCAUGGAAUACAGACCCGUACCUUGUUUAUCCACUAAACUCUUCCCUGGAACGAAGCUUCUUAUCUCUGGACCCAUUCAGUGCUCAAAUGGUGUCCUCCUCCUCACACAAUCCAAUGUGAAUGUUCUCGGUGGGGAGGUUGAUACCCUCCUUGUUCCCAAUGCUUUUGAGAAUAUUCUUCUCAAGCAACUCAACAAACCGCUCAAUCCAAAGCCACGAUUGGACUAUCAGGAAGCAAAAGUCGCGGAGGAGUCUCAACCACCUGUACGGAAUCAUUCCAAUCGCCCCGUUGUGAUGGCACAAUUCAAGAAACCUCCUCCAAGGACUGGGAAUGGUAUUGUUGUACCCGAACUAGAGCAACUUAUGAAUGAGGAUGAUAACUUGUUGAGUGGAAUGGAGAUGGAGACCCUCGAAGCGGGCUCCACUGGACGUCCAACCACACCGGAAUUGCUGGAAUUUGAGCGAGAAGAUGAGAAUCUCUUCAAUGAUGCUGCAAUGCUCGAUGAAGUGGAAAUGCUUGGGCCAGCCCCCAAUCCCCCUGAACCACCCCCAAUGGCAUCCACAUCCCACGCUGCAGGAGAUUCUUUUCAAGACUUUGUGGAUCAAGCUCUAUUUGAUGAGGAUUUCCUCCCACCUCCGGAACAUCGGAGAAAUCCCUCAAUUCUCGACAGUGAUUACCAAUUUCGCAUUCGGGGGCACAGCCUCGUGACAAUUGAUCAAUUGACCAACAUCCUACAGAAGCAGGGUGAUUCAGUUGGGGAUCGUAGCUUCAUUUUACGCGGAAAAUUCCAUCGUGUCGUUGAGAAGUUAAUCAUUAAGGAUGACUACUGGAACAUUGGGGUUCUCUUUGAAGAUUUGUGGUCCAGGGAGAAGCUAAAGGUGCGAAUUUUAUCUGUUGUACUCAAUAAACUAACAGGACGCACGGCUAAGGAGCUCACGGAGAUGUACAAGUGCGCCCAGGGACGCCCAAAUAUAAAGGAAGAGAUUCAGGAAAUCUUGGAGAUGUUAAAAGAAAAGAUCCGGAAGGUGGAUUGUUACUUGAAAAUUGACUAUUCCACGGAUUUUCCCUGCCCUAGCCUUGUGGAACUCAUCGAUGCAGCACCCGUACUCAAUAAUAUCCUCCGUAUGAAGGUUCAGAGUGAGAAUCUCACGUCAGUUCAGUAAAAUAAAAGAAAAUGUGAUUUAUAUAAAAAAA